UUGACUUACUGCCGGGCCCUAUCCAAUGGGGGUACUGCAACAAGCGAACAGCUGACCUGUGGUCCCUUCAAAUUGCUCUCACCAAGCAGCCACUCGAGCCCACUGGGUCUGGCCCACUCCUACGUCAAGUGUGAGCCUCAGCUGGAAUAUAUUUUGCCCGGCCAGCCGACUAUUCGUGACCCGGAGGCUUCCUUCAAGCCCUCGUCGUGUGCCCGCUCAGAAGACUCUUCGCUGCACCUGGCGGAUACAAGACCGUCUACUGUGGAGUCGGAGGGGACGCUACAACCUACUCCUAAUUACAGCAGCGACCCAGCAGUGUGUUUGAACCUGGCCAAAAGUUCCAGUGUUCCGCUGACAGUAAACUCCCAGCAAACAGUAGCGGACCUGCCACGGACAAACACAUCGCCAUCAGCGCCGACGUCUGGGCAGGGUACCCUUCCAAGUAUCUUCAAGGAGGCCAGUUGCUGUAGCCAAGCCCCAAUAAUGACCUUUCCCCCAUCCUUGGCUUUUGGAACACUUCAUUCAGUAGCCUCUUUUGCCCUGAACGGUCGCAAACCUAGCGAAAAUGGAAGUCCAGAAACUGCAGAUUCAAUCCAAGAUCUGAGUCACCUUCGACUGACCUCCGGUUUGCGUCCUGCUUUCACUGAAGAGGGCAAUAAUGGGUCUCUGGAGCUGAGCGUUGACACCCAGAGGGCCAUGGAAUCCUCGACGAGCACUCCUCCCUCCGAAGGUGCUGCUAUCUACCUACACGAAAUGAAAAAUGAAAAUGGAUCCGAAGGCAGCGUCUCAAAGUCACCACCGGGUCUAUGGUCAGCAACUCCCACCUACGGCAUAGCCUCACCGGGUGACAACGCCUCCUGGAAAGCCCUUAGGCUGAGCGACGGGAAGGGAACAGUGGACGAAGACGGCUUCUCCUUUUCAAACUCCAAUGGCCACCUUGACGAAAAACGAAGUCUGCGACAGGUCGAAAUGUUUACUGACUCCGUCAAACCCGACAAGGAGGGCAUAUACUUCUGCCAUCUCUGUGAAUUUACAGGUGAGCGGGUAAAAGGUUUGCCUUUGAUUAACCUGUUCGAACCAAUACUUGUCGGAAUGCAGGCCGUCAGAAGACGCUAG